AGGGAAGCCGGUGUUACUGUUGAAUGUUUAUCGUUGAUCGUACUUUGGAUCGAUCGUGCUUACAUUUGACAGCAGUUUAGCACUUAACACAACGCAGCAGAAUUUGGUACGACAACUCCCUGACGAUGGAACAAAUUUCCAGCAUGAACUCCACCAACGGUGAUCUCAUCAACGGCUUUGACAAUGGCCAUGGCAUUAAACCCAACAAGGGUCACGUGCUGGUCACCGGCGGCGCAGGCUAUGUGGGGAGCACGCUCGUGCCGCUCCUGCUCGAAAGCGGGUACGAAGUCACAGUCUACGACAGCUUCCGGUGGGGGGUGUCCCCUCUACUUCCAGUCGCAGAGCACCCCUUGCUGCACAUUGUCAAUGGAGAUAUCUGUGACAAACAGGCACUGGAAAAGGUGAUUCGCGGGAAAAUCGGAAUCAUCCACCUUGCUGCUAUAGUAGGCUACCCGGCCUGCAGCAAAGAACCGGACUUGGCAGCAACAGUGAAUAUCGGUGGAACCCAGAACAUUGCCGAUUCACUGGCGCCGGGUCAGGCGCUGAUUUACGCCAGCACGGGAUCGUGUUACGGAGCUGUGGACGGCGUCUGUACGGAGGAGACCAGCAUCAGUCCACUCUCCCUGUAUGGCAGCACGAAAGCGGGCGGUGAAAAAAUUGUGCUGUCUGCUGGAGGCAUUGCUCUACGAUUGGCCACCGUGUUUGGCAUCGCACCAAGACUCCGCCUCGAUCUGCUCAUCAACGACCUAACCUACAAGGCCUUAACGUUGAAACAUUUCGACCUGUACGAGGGUCACUUUCGCCGCACAUUCCUUCAUAUAAAAGACGCAGCACGCGCCUUCAUCUUUGCGCUAGAGAACUACAAAACGAUGCAGGGCCAGGCGUACAAUGUGGGCGAUGAGCGGAUGAACCUGACAAAGAUGGAGGUCGCCCAGGAGAUACAGCUGCAGGUGGAAGACUGCAAGAUAGAGGAGAACCUGACUGGAAAAGACCUCGACAAAAGAGACUACGAGGUCUCAUACGAAAAGAUCCGCAAGCUAGGCUUUCGCUCAACUAUAAGUGUGAAACAAGGUAUCUGUGAUCUGCUUAAAGUUCUGCCCAAUCUUCUAGACUCUGAGGUGGCCAGAUGCAAGAACAUUUAACCGAAACUGUUUGGUCUAAUUUUACGAAAAGGUCGUACUGACAGUUUUUGUUGAUUUUAUUUUUUUAAUGUUCUUAGAAAAACCCACCAAUUGACUACUUCAAAUGGUAGGUUAGGUUAUAACAGAGCAUUAAUUUUAGCACUUUGUAGUAUUUGGCCAUAGUGCAAAAUGAAGUAUAGAAAUAUAUGUAGUCCUUGCAAUUCAUAUCAGCCUUCAGCAAAAUUAAUACCAGCUGAAGUAAAAUAGUGUUGUUUUUUGUUAGUGUAUCUUCAAUGAAGAUAAACCAGGAUAGAUAUUAAAAAUACAAAGCUAAGUAAACGUGUAUUUCAGCCGAAACAAACUACUUUUGCCUCAACCUUUGUCUUUGCUGAAGCAAAUUUUCUGACUUGCAAGGCCUGCAUAUAUCCACCUGCAGAAAACACCUAUUUAUGUAUGUAGUUAUGACAACCACGUGAAAACCACAGUUAACGACUUGAACAAUUUGAAGUCAACAAAACCACGGGCUUGUGGGACAGAUAGCCCAUUUUUAUACGAUUUAUGCUUUGAACGAUGUCUGUAUUACAGGAAAUCAACUAUUCUUUAUGGGUGUGGGUAAUUUUUGGCAUGCUUCCAUCAGAGAACUGUUCAAGCAUGCCUGUCGUGGGCACAACCUCUGACUUUGCCAGAAAGUUCUGUCCAUGACAGGGAGUAUUCUUUACAUGUGGCCUUAGUUAUUUAGUAACCAGAGCUUAAUAUGUGUGUGUGAUCAUUGCUGUUUGUUUUUUGUAAUUGGCAGACUAAUCCAUGUUGAUCCAAGUGUAUGGUAAGGUUUGUGUGAUAAACAGGUCAUACAAUGUUUUGUUGAAGGCAAAGUGGCAUAAUAGUUGUAUUACUAGAACACUCUCCUGAGGUGCUUGGGUCAAAGGAUCAAACCCCCUCAGUGAACCUAUGCUCUGAUUGGCCCCCCCCCCCCCCCCCCCAUCCCAACCAGUGGCCCACGACUGCUGUAUCAAGGGUGUAUGUGCUUUCCUGUUUCUUCAAAAGUGCAUAUAAAACAUUCCUUGGUGCUAAUGGAAAAACAUAGCAGCUAGGUUUCCUCUGACUAUGUUACAAUGAGCAAAUGUUUGA